AUGUCGUCCACGGCUUUUGUCAAAAGACUAGCAUCAAAUGAUGACAAAGUCAGAGAUCAGGCUUUGGAAUCUUUGAGAAGAUUUCUUGGAGCCAAAAACCUGACAAAGUUGCUGUUACUUGAUCACGAUAAGUUGUGGAGGGGACUUUUUUUUGCAAUGUGGUACUGCGAUAAACCUAUUCCCCAACAAAAUUUGGCUGAAGACUUGGGUCAGUUGUUUUCGAAAGUCGUAUUCAAAUCUUCAGUGGUGCCAUUCUAUCAUGCAUUUUGGGAUAUCAUGAUCAAGGAGUGGCCUCAAGUCGAUAAGUGGAGAGUUGAUAAGUUUUUAUUGUUAAUUCGGAGAGUGGUUCGGCAUAUGUUCAAAUUCUUGUCUCUGCAAAACUGGGAUCUGUCAUUAAUAGAUUCGUACUUGGAAACCAUUCAGGACACCGUUUUGCUGGGUCUGGACAAAGUACCCUCGGCAUUACCAUACCACGUCAUUGAUUUAUAUCUAGAUGAAUUGGAGCGUGUCAUGUUUGACAUUAACGGCGAAGAGGAAGAGGUCAACGAUGAAGUUGAACUCUCGAAUGAGGAGAAGCAAGCAAUUGUCGCCAAGGUGCCCGUGGAUACUCUUAUAUCACCCUUCAAGAGAUUAUCCACUGAUGCGAAAAUGAAAACGCUUAGGGAGAGAUCUUUAGAAGUUGUUCAAGAUGAGCGCUUAGUGGAAUGGGGCUUGAGGGAGGCUAAGCAUGAAGACUCAAAUAGCGAUGAUGAGUGGCAGGGUUUUGCCUGA